UACAGUAAAUCCAUUAGUUUAGGAGUUUAAAUUAAUUUUAAAAUGGGUUCUUUCAGAAAUUUAGCAUUCAUUGUCCCACCUUUUUGUUCCUCAUUAUCUUAACAGAAUAACGCAAACUCCUGUUCAUUGAAGAAAUUCUUUUUAGGUUUAAUGACAAUUUUCCCCAUUCUUGUUCAUACCUCAAAGUUUCUUCUUCAGCAGAGAUGGAAAAAUAAUCUUCAGAGAAUUCCGUGAAGAACUGCCCUCCUUCAGAAUGGCUGUCAUCUCCUAUUAUUCUCAGUGAGACUGAGACUUUCAUUAAGAGUUUGUGCCCCUUUGUCCAUAGGUGUUUGCCACUGACAUUAGUGGGAGUAACUUCAGAGCCAUAAACUUAGUUAUGAUGCUUUCAGUUUAAGUACUCCCCCCCCGCCCCCCAGGAGUGGUAAAGCAUGCAAUAGCUGUCUCCAAAAAAACAAUCUAUUUUUCACCAAAUUUUAAAAGAAGCUAACACCUAAAAUAGGACAAUGUUUAAUGCCUGUUUUGUAAGUGUCUUCUAAGUUUAGGUUGCACCUUUCCUACUUUCUCACAUUUGCAUUGAGCCAGGAAAGCUUGGAGAUGCAAUGGUCUAGACUCGUUUUUGUUUUGUUUUUGUUUCUGCAUCUCUGUGAUGCAGCCACUGUCCUGAAGGUUCCUCCCAGACCUAUAUUUACAUCUAGUUUUGUCAAAAUGUGCUGAUAAAAGUAUGGACCCUUAGACUCACUAAAAUAUGCACUAUACACUGAUAAAACACGGAAAACUGCAUUGUUCAAAUGACAAAAGUGGUCACCUAUUUGAAAAGAUUUAAGCUUCAAUCUUGUCCCUAAAAUAAUUUUAAAUAGCUUCUAAUUGGAUUUCCGACUUUCAGUUUAAUAUCCAUACUUGUCAAUUUGCAUUGGGCCUGGGUUGGGUGAAGAAGAGAGUAGGUACUAUAAAAUAACUUAAAACUACAGCCCACUUGUAUUUUUGGUUAAUAUAAUGCAGUACAGGUUGAAAUAAUUCUUUGAAAAUACAUACUUAGUCUUGCAGUUUUGUAAACAAUAGGAAUGUACAUCUUUAAAGUGUUAAUUUUUUCAUGCCUUGAUUUCUUUUUCAAACUUUAACAUUGGUGCAUUAUGCAUUUGCAUAUACUGUCACAUUUGUAGUUGAUGUUUUAUGGUUAUCCCAUUUCCAUAAUGCAUUUCCGGUACAAUAAGAGUUUACUGCAGAAUAACUGCAGCAGUGAAAAUAUUGGUGUAUAAUUUUGAGAAAUUUAGCAUACAAUAUAGUCUAAUGACACAUUAGACAGCAGAGUGAUGAAGUGUACAAGCUGGAAGUUCAGAAUAAUUUUUUUUAACAUUGACAUCAUGUAACUCAGAGUGUCUGUUCCUCAGAUCUUUUGGGAGCUCUUGCCUUCCAGGGACGAUGAUUCUGGAAAUACAGUAAUCCAAGAAUGCUCUGAAUAACUUCCUGGGAUUUAAAUUAUCCAUUCAUUUCCAUUUGCAGUGGGUUUCAGCUUCAUAAUCCCAGCUUUCCCUGUCCCUCUAAGUAGCCAUUUUGAAACUCUAAUAAUCUAUGGCCAGUACCCAAAAGAUGUUUAAUACAAAAAAAAACGCACCACCCUUCACCCCUAACUACUACCCUGAGAAUAUAGCAUCCAUGGUACUUCCUUGCCAUAGGACCAAGCACACAUCUCUGCAUCUCAGUUUCAUAUCUGAUUUUUCUGAUACCAUCACCGCAUGGCUGCAUGCUGAACUGCCAGCCAAUCAUCCAGUUCAACAGCCUUCAACAAUUUAAGAUAACUUAAUUUUUAAUGCAUACUUCAGCAGUCUUGUGAAACAUAAAUAGGUUUAUGGUCUGGUUGAAGAUGAGAAGGAGAAAUUGCUGUGUGAAGGUACUGUAUCUGCAUUGUACGGUUAAGAAGGCAAUGAAUAGGUAAAUUACAAGACAAAAGGAGGGACACAAAUUAAAAAAAAAGGCUUAAAUGUUUUGUCUAUUAACAUCAAGACCUUGUCAUUAGAUGCGUAAAACUAAUAUGAAGGUGACUUGCAAAGGAGUUUUUAGAAGAUUGACUUGCUGCUUUAUAAUAUACAGAAAGCCUGAAAGACUUUCAUUUAAAGUUGCUUUUUCUGCUUCUGAUGAGCGGACAUUUUUAUACACUUUUCAUGAGAACUGUUUGAAGUGACUUAAUUUGUGUAGUUGAGUACUGCUGUGGGGUAUAAAAAUUACAUCUCUUCUAUGUUAAUCCCAAAAGGAGUUAAGCUCUUCCUUAUGUUAUGCUUUUGGUGCAAAUCUACCUCCGAAUGUUUGCUUGUGUUCACGAGCUACAGUGAACUUUGGUUAACUAUACAAAGAUUUUUUUCUUCAAAAUGAAUAAUGGUUAACAAACCAACUGAUGCCAAAUGGGUUCUUUUCAUACUACACCUUUCUAAUGAGCUGUUUAAAACUUCAGUGGAUUAGAAGAAUAGACAUGGUUACUAUAUUAUACCAUGAAAUGGUUAAAUAUUAUUGCCAGUGUGACAGAACCAUGGAGAUACCAUGCAGAUACACACUACUGGUCAUCCAUGUGACUGCACUUUUAGCCCACCACUGUGGUACCCGAGGGAAAGUAAGAAAUGAAGAUAAUCUAACAGGUCUUGGCUUGUCUUUUGACAGAAAAAUACCACAUGCAUUCUUAUGCUUUUUUAUCACAUGCAAGCUCUCAGGCAAAAGUUAUUAGCGUUCCAACAAGCAAAAGUUGACCAGACCUUUUUAAAUGAAAGGAAGAAUUUGUACAUCAUGAAAUUGAUUUUUGAGCUUAUUUUGAUUUGGGGACUGAUGAAGACUUCAAGAUUCCAGUGUGUGCUAGAAAAGGAGUAUUUCUGCUCUUCCAUUCCAAACGAUUUUCCAGAAGGCCUGACAUCUGUUCUAUUUGUUGUAACGAAGAUUGGGGUUAUCAACUCAAGUGUCUUCAACAGCCCAAACUUGAAAUCUGUCACCAGUCUAGCUCUAGCAAACAGUGGCAUCACAAGAAUUGAACCUGGAGCCUUUUAUGCUUUCCAUAGUCUCACCAAACUCAGUUUAUAUCAAAAUAAUCUGACUACAGUUAUGGCUUCUUGGCUUUCCAAACCAGGACACUUAGAAAACCUUACAAUGUCUCAGAACGUCAUUCAGGAAAUAGGCCCCCAUAUGUUGUCCAGUUUCUCUAACCUGACAACCCUUAAUUUAGCUAGCAACAGAAUUCAUAUGAUUGCGGGUGGAAGUUUGAAGAAUUUGUCUAAGCUAACUUUUAUUGAUCUAUCUGGUAAUAACUUAUCUACCUUAACAAGAAAUGUGUUCAGUGGGCUGAUGUCUCCAAUAAUGAAACUGGGAGACAAUCCAUGGAACUGUUCCUGUGAACUUGAAGAUUUUGGAUUUUUUUUGCAAGAGCUGAUGAAUACUUCUGUGUUGGAAGAUGCUUCAUCUGUGGUGUGUCAGAGCCCACAAGCCCUGAAGGGUAUUCCAGUUUGGAACAUCUCUGACUUUAACUGCCCGCCUAUUCUCAUAUCACCAUCACUUGAGAAUGACUUCUAUAAAGUUGGAUUGCCAGCGAUGCUUCUAUGUUUAGUGUUAUUUUCAUUUCUUUUGCUGCUUCUCCUGCUCUGGAAGGUGAAACAAGGUAAAAAGCAAGUGCAGCCAGGUAAAGAAGCUACUGUUGAAAAUAGCCAUGACAAACUAACAGGCCACCUUAACAAGAUGACAGAGAGACUGAGGCGCAGAGGACUGUCGGAUGAAAAGGGACAGACAACAGUGAAAAUUGACAAAACCCUACAAAAUAGAAUGCAGAAAACUCGUGCAAAAUCUGCCUCGCCAAUUCUGUUGAGAACUGAGUUUCAACACAGUAGUUCUCAACACCAUAGACCAACUGAUGGGAACCAGGAACAACCCAAAACCUCUUGUACAGUAAUAAAUGAACAAGCCUGCAUGAAAAAUGAAGACUGCAACAAUGUUAUGGAACUGUGGUAUUUUAAUAGCUUGAAAGAUUGCAAUAAAAAGGCUAUGCGUACUCACAAUGCAAACACUUCACCAACUGAACUAUGCAUAGAAAUCCCGAAAAAGGAUAGUUCAGAAAUAUUAAAGCAGUCAUUGCAGGACCAUGGAAUUUCAGAAGUGUGUUGGAAUGAUGAAAUUAAAGGAAGGGGUAAUACGGAGAACGCUGAACCUCUGUUGUAUUUAAGUGUUGCUAGUACAACUGAAGAGUCACCUAGUGUACCUGGCACUGAACAAAAAGAUGCUGUGAGUAGAAAUGUAAAUACGAGGCUGUGUUCUUUGAGAAGAGUUCUUACUUGGCCAUAUGAAAAAUGCAAAAGGGACGAAAGCCAAAACACUUUAAAUUCAGAGGAUUUUUUCAAGGCACGUUUCUGUAUGCUCACCAGUGAUCCUGGUGUCUCAGCAGCAGUCAGAAAAACAGAAUUCAAAGAUGAACAAAAUCAGUAUAAUCUUCAUCUACAUACUGUAAAGGAACAAAAGGCAAUUCAUGAUUACAGCAGCAGUAAACCUAACUUAAAGAGAGAAGCAAAACCAGCAAACAAAUUAGUAUCUCCACUUAAGAAAGGACCUAAUCAAAUAGCCAAAAUGGAAAAUGCAUGCAUGUCAGUGCCUGGGAAAGGAUUCAGAGGCUCUGAGACUGUAAAAAAGAAUAAGAAUAACAAAGAUAUACCUUCGCAGUCUGGAUUCUGCAAUGACAGUCUUCACUCGCCAGCAUCCUCAGACAAAUCUGGUCACACCUCCUCCCCAUGUGAUAAUACAUUACUCGAAAAUAAUGAAUACACCUUCAUUGAUCUUUUGCAUGAAGUCGUGGAAAAUCGUGGGAGGUGGACCAGGCAGAGGUGGAAGCAGACCCAUCAAGUGCGAAUUGCUAGCCACCCGCCAAUGAAAUCAAAGUAAAUUAAUUGCACUCUGUCAAAAAAUGUUCCAUGUGCUAUAGGCUGCCUGUUUUAACCAAAAUUGUUGUUGUUAUAACAUUUCAUUAGUGGUGACACAUGCCAGACUUGACAGUACUGGAAGCUAAAAUCCUCUAUUCUAGAUACUUCAGGAGCAAUGCAAACUGCACCAUAUUGCACUUCCAGAAUGCCUUAACCAUAUUUUGAAAAAGCAACUUCUAAGGAUGAGAGGGGACUUUUCUCCAUGGCCCAGUCAAUUCGUGGUGCCAAAAAGGGUGACACAUGUCAUGAAGGUUUUUUGUGAUGUGAUCAUUUAUUUACAGGGAGCUUGACUCAGACCCACCAAACUCAUUUCAUCUAGGCAACCAAACAGCUUUCAGAUGAGUCAUGAGUUUUGAUCAGUAAUCAUCUAGGGUAAAUUUUCCAAAAAUACCCAAGAGAUUUGCAUACUGAAGUCCCAUUGAAAGUAGAUAUGACUUGGGUACCUAAGUUACUUAGCACUUUUGAAAAUUUUAUCUCUAGGCUGGUUUUAAACCAGGUAUGUAGAAGACUCCAAAUCCCAUUACUCACCCCCCUGAAAUAACCCAUAUCAUUACUGGUUUUGAUUCAAGCAUUCCACUAAGUAGGCAAAUUUAUUAAUUAUCCCUAGAAUUUUCCAGCUGCCUAGAAACGGAUAGUUCAUGGAGUAUGGAGCCUUUCAGCUCUGGAUAUUGAUUUGCUCUACUCAUUGGCAGAGACCAUUAGUAUCCAGGGUUAUCAAUCUGGCAUAUUCAUGAGCAUCUAAAAUUAAUGUAAAAUUUUCAAUUUACUUGCACAAAAUAUGAAAUGUUAACGUGUAUCAUGUCAUAAUGGGUUAUACCCCCUUAAAUGGAUUGCUAAUUGUGCGUGCACGCUCUCUCUCUCAUAUAUAUAUAUAUAUACUAUUUUUUUCUUAUUAGUAAUAAGUCUUUUUGGUAGGUUUUACACACUGUAUUUUCAAUUAAUAAUUUAUAUUAUGGCUAAUAAACCAUGUAACUAGAAAUGUUUGUCUACAGUGAGCCAUUAUCUAUGGCUGAUCUUCUGUAACAUUAGAUCUUGUUCCACAAUCUCUCAUGGAUUUUCAUGUAAGUGAGAACUGCUUGUUGUUAGUCUGUUUGCAAUUACAUCCAACAGACACCUGUGCUCCAUUUUUAUGCCUAUAUUUGCUCUGAUUUAGGGCUGAUGGCAAAUCACAAAGAAUUUAUUCUGCUUGUUUGGAUUUGUUUAGAAAUAUUGUAAUUCCUUCUUGUUAUACAACUGGCACCUGUCUCUUCUCUCCCCCCCCCCUUUUUUUUUUGUGUGGAGUAAGGAUUUUGCUGAGGGUAGAUUUAAAGCAGGGGUUCUCAAACUGGGAGUCGGGACACCUCAGGGGGUCACAAGGUUAUUACAUGGGGGGUCACAAGCAGUCAGCCUCCACCCCAAACCCCGCUUUGCCCCAGCAUUUAUAAUGAUGUUUAAAUAUAUAAAAAGUGUUUUUAAUUUAUGGGGGGGGGUCGCACUCGGAGGCUUGCUAUGUGAAAGGGGUCACCAGGACAGAAGUUUGAGAACCACUGAUUUAAAGUAAAGAUGUUCUGCUGUUAGGCUCACAAAUACCAUUCACUCACUUAAUGAAAAGAGACUGAUGAAUUUAUUUAAUAAACAUUAUUUCUGUCGUACUU